AAUACAGCAGAGCAUUCAUGGAGCAUUCCUCCUUCGAUUCUCUCCACCAACACUCGCCGGAAUCAUUCACCGCCUCCGCCGAGGUCUCGCCCUUUCCCACCCUCACCCUCGGCCUUUUCUACCCGGACGCCCCUCUGCCCUUCAACAUGAACGACUCCGACGAGAUGCUGUUGCUCGGAAUGCUCGCCGAGGCCUCUGGCGAGGCCAGCGAGCAGAGUCUAUUCAGCCACAAGGAAGAGGAGGUAGACUCCUCGCUCGACAAGACCGCGGAGAAACCGGCGGCGCCGGCGGAAGCAGAAGCGAAGGAGAAGGCUUACCGGGGCGUGCGGAAGCGGCCGUGGGGGAAGUUCGCGGCGGAGAUCAGGGACUCGACGCGGCACGGGAUCCGGGUGUGGCUGGGGACGUUCGACAGCGCGGAGGCCGCGGCGAUGGCCUACGACCAGGCGGCUUUCGCCAUGCGGGGCGCCACCGCCGUGCUCAAUUUCCCCGUGGAGCAAGUCCGCGAAUCUCUCCUCGGCAUGGACCGCCGGAAGGAGGACGAGGAGGUGUCUCCGGUGGUGGCACUCAAGCGCCGCCACUCCAGUCGGCGGAAGUCGAUGAUCAAGAAGGCUAAAGAGGAGAUGAAACGCAGCAACAGCUGCAAUAGCAACAGCAACAGCAGCAGUAGCAACAGCAGUGUUGGUGUGGUGGAGUUCGAGGACCUGGGAAAAGAGUACCUGGAGGAGCUUUUGUGGACGUCAGAGGUUGCUGCCAAUCCCUCCUCUGUUUUUUACUGAGGGAAUUCUCUUCUUGCUCUUCCUUCUUUAAGCAAUGAUAAUGAGACUCGAAAUUUUUGCUUCUGCUGAUGCACAAACAACUGCUAUUAAUUGAUCUUUUGAACAUUGAAACGAAAUGCAAAAGAAUGAUAACGACGAUAAAAAGACAGAUAACACGUUACUACGGCAAAAUGAUGAGAUAAAAUAAAGGACCUGCAUGGGUAGCUGCUAAAAGCUACAAGCCU